AUGGACUCGGAAAAUUAUACCGUCGACGCGAAUGGCCGAAUCGUGGUCCCUAUAAACGACUUCUCCGAUGGUGACCCCAACGCUUGCCCACACGACUCUUUCCACACCGAAGCCGACCCUGUUAUCUACCUCGAGAAGCUAGGGGCGCAGUGGAUGCAGCAGAGAAACGAGUUCCAGCAAGAACGUAUCAGGAGAAAGAAAUUCCUGGCUGAAGAUGCGGAAGGCACUCAGGAUAUCUUUAAAGAGAUGGUUUGUAAUCUCCAAGCAGCAGGUACUCUGGAUGAGGCAAUAUCGGAACCUUCAAGCAUGGACUGGAAAGCGGAGCGGAACCUGAUGGCCAACCACUUGACGCGUGUCCGUAUGCAACACUCCUUUAUUCCAAGACUUGGCGAACUGGUCCUUUGCUGUCCGGGUGUGCAUGGGGAGGUCAAGUUUGAGUGGGAGACUGAAACAUUCCAGAUGUACUCCCAUAAAAGGAAGAAAUUCUUAGGCAUCCCGAAAUGGUAUGCCGGAGUGGUUUCACAGGUUGCAGAGGAACCUCUGGUCUUGCACGAUGCUAUUAUCCAUACCGACAAAAGCUGCGCAUUGAACAUGUCUGGGUUUCGCAUCGAGAUGUUUCCUGACCCUAAUAGCUCUGAUAAGAGCCUAUCAAACCAGUACAAAUACGUGCCCCUCAGCCUCAUUCGCCCUUUCAGUUAUUGGUCCGUUUAUCUACAAGGAGUCGACACGAAGGAUUUCCAUCCUUCAAUAGCCAAUGCGUUAACCAUUAUGUCUUCAUACUCCAUGCUGGAAAAAUAUCGCUUCAAAGGGGAAUGGCCAAAUGCAUCGAUAUCCUGUAAAUGCAUCUACCUCGGUGCUGAGCUGCUUAUUCGCGGCGAUGGUGUUCGUCUGAUGCCACGCGACCUAGAGGGAAAUAUCAUGCCCACGGAAAAGGUUACGGAAAUUAUGGUAAUUGAGAAAAUUGAGCUUAGGCUAAUGAACUGCGAUGCAAAGCUCGAGUCGCCCCUACUCUGCGAAUCUAUCGCCCCACGUUUGAUCGGGAAAAUCUAUACCAUCAACGCUGAACUUGCUCAUAAUCCAGAAGAGCCAAUGACGGACUUCGAGAUUAGCCAAUGUUUUGAAUGCACCGGCAUGCGAGCGUAUGGGCCAUGGUAUCGAGUACACGAGCCGCCAAAUGAUACUGUUGAGAUCUCCAUUAACCAUGUCGUUGGCCGAUGUUUUGAGUCCGAAUAUAUGGACGUUAUGUUUCAAGACUUAUCCCUCGAUAUCGAUCUUGAAGGCGUAAGAGGGGGUAGGCUAUAUGGCCAGAAAACAGACGAUCGGAUUGCUCCCGGUAAGGACUGGUUUUUCGGAGACUACCGUCUUGAAACUCUCAGCCUUGAUUCCUUGAACGGUGUUGAAUCUGGCAGAAAUGACGAGUCAAGGGACCCUAAAAUGUAUAGGGGCAUCCUGAAAAUUAUUGAUGGCACAGCCGUCCCCGCGGAUGUCAAAGAUGCUAAACUUGUUCGUGCAGUGGGUCGGCCAUACGAAGGACUUAUUGGCAGUAGAUCAGGCAACACCAAGUUCGAUGGCGUGGGUAAAAUGAGUUCUAUGGUCUCAACAGCGCUUGGCGGCGAUGCUCUCCCCUCCCAUUCCAUCAUCACUCCGAUGCAGACUUCUGCACCCGAUACGGGGGCAGAUGAAUCAGGUGAAGAUGAAAGUGUCGGGGGUUCAAGGAAAAAUGGGAUGUUAUCCGAUAGUGAGGAGGAUCCAAUCAUGAAAGCUAAAACCAAGCGCCCAAGAUUGCAAUAA